UAUUUUAAGAAUAGAAUUUUUAAAAUUUUUUUUCUUUGGUCAGUAUUCUCUGUUUUUUUUAGCUAAAUGUCAGAAAUUGAGAAAAUGGAUUCAAAUGAUGUUCAACCUGAGAAUCAGCAAGACGUGAAUAAAACGACUGAUUUUCCAGCAAAAAUUGAGCCUGUUUUGCAAGAUGAAGCUUCUGUCGCAACGACAAAUGGUGGAACCAAUGGAGAUGAACAGGUUAAGGAUGAUCGUUCUAAUGAUGUUAAUAAAGUGGAAGAGGGUGUUAGUAAAGCAGAAGAACCAAAGGAAGAAAAAAUGGAGGAAGCAAAGGGUGAACAAAUUGAUUCACAGUUGCCAGAAAAGAGCUAUGAGGAUAAUGAGGCUUACAAAAUGUUUAUGUCAAAGAAUCUGCACAAACCUGUAGCGGACAGUCUGAUGAAAAUGUUUGAAGAGAUUGGGACUACAACUGCCGAGUUUGAUGAUAGGGCUGUAGAGAUGUUGGCAACUUUUCCAUCUGAACAAGGAAAAUAUAUUAUCAAAGAGCUUCACAAUUCUCAUCUUUUUGGUGUGCAAAACACUCCACAAUAUUUGAUGUCAGUUAUGCGUAACUUUCGUGAUCGUCUUCGAUCGAUGGGAGCACAAUCAGCGAUGGAAUUACCAUUAAUCCCCGGCCCUGAUCCAAUAAAAAUGAAAGCCUUAAUUGAGCGUACCCAAUAUCAACUUGAAGUUACUGUUGGUCAACGCAAAUAUCAUUCUCCUCCUGGGUAUGAAGGCCCUGAUCCAAAUCAAUCUGGUGAAGGGGGCUGUGUUUACAUUGGUCAGAUCCCUAAGGAGAUUUAUGAAGACACUUUGGUUCCUUUAUUUGAGCAAGCCGGACAACUUUAUGACUUGCGGAUUAUGAUGGAUCCAGUUUUGGGUAAGAGUCGGGGAUAUGGCUUUCUCAUCUUUUGUAAGAAGGCAGAUGCCAUUGAAGCAGCUAAAAAGUUUGACGGACAUGAAAUUCUGCCUGGAAAACCACUUAAAGUGAAUGUAUCCGUCGCGAACACUCGACUUUUUCUCGGAAAUAUCCCAAAAUCAAAAUCAAAAGACGAAAUUCUUGAGGAAUUGAAAAAGCACGCAGAUAAUAUAGAUGAUGUGAUUAUUUAUACUAAUCCUGAUUCGCAAGAUGGGCGCAAAAAUCGGGGAUUUUGUUUUAUUGACUUUAAUGACCAUAAAACUGCUUCGGAUGUUAAAAGAAGAAUCACUAUGGGAAAAAUUCGCCCUUGGAAUACUGAUUUGGUUGUUGAUUGGGCAGAACAACAGGAUGAACCAGAUGAUGAAAUAAUGCAGCAAGUAAAAGUACUUUAUGUACGCAACUUGAAGGAGUGUGUUACCGAAGAACAACUUACCUCAUUGUUUGCUACUCAUGGUAAAAUUGACAAAGUCAAGCGGAUUAAGGAUUAUGCUUUCAUUCAUUUUGAGGAGAGAGAGUCAGCGAUAAAGGCGCUUGCAGCUUUGAACAAAUCUGAACUCGAAGGCGUUGAGAUUGAAGUUUCAUUAGCAAAACCUCAGAAUGAUCCGAGCGUGAAAGGAAAAGGGAAGAGUGUGAGGCGUUUUCCGCUACCAACUUAUGGAGCAGAAUAUGCUACCCCUGGACUCGGCCCUCGUAACCGAAGAGAUCGUGUGGGACGCAGUGGAAGAGACCAAAGAGGAGGAGGGGGUUAUCAACAAGUCUACCCAGGUGGUGGAUAUCUCCCUCCCGUUGGUGGAUAUGGUGCUUCUUACGAUCCUUAUUAUCCUGGAUAUAGCACUGCUUAUGGCGCUGGUUACGAUAUGUACGGAGCUGGAGCAUACCCUCACGUAGACCCCUACUACGGACAACCAUUGGCAGCAUAUGGUGCACCAGGACCUUCCAUGCGCGGUGCAGCAGGAGCUAGCAGUUACGGAUAUGGUGGUGGUGGCACAGUUACACGUGGUCGUGGAGGCAAACCAAGUGGACAUGGCGCAGCACGUUCAGGAUCAGGAAAACGAGGUAAUAGAGGCGGUUCUAAGCGUGCGGGUGUUGAUUAUGCUGGACCGGCCUCUAAGCGUGGCGGUCGUACAGAAGAUUUCUCUGCAGAUGUCCCAAUGAAUUUGUUCUGAUUGGUCAAGAAGUGGAUACAUGAAUAAAACAAUCAAUUUGCUAUGCACCCUUCAUCGCCACAUUCAGUCUUCAUAAAAAUGGCAAUUUUUAGAAAAUGUCUCAUUUAUUUGCUCUCUUGUUGUUUUGAUAAAUUAAAUUUUGCAUAUUUUUUCUCUUGAAUAAAUGCGUCAUUUUGACUAUUUUUGUAUUUUAUUAAUUUUAUUUUGGAUAAAAAUGAAUAUCUUAAAUUUAAUGUGUUGGUCGUUGGUUUAAUUAGCGUGCCCUUGUUGGCACGCCACACAUUCCGGGCUUUCGAAUGAUAACGAAAAGUUAUGGCCCAAAAAUGACUCCGGGACUCAACCG